CAUCUAAACAGGAAGACGGUCAACCAUUGCGAAAGAGAUUAGAGAGUUAACAUUUCGAAAGGCAGUUUUCUUCAGCAAAGAUGGGGUUCGAGACAUGUGGUCCGAACGAAGUAAUGGUGGUUUCAGGAUGUUGCCACACUGGAUCCACAUUUAUUCCUGGUGGUCGUGUGUUUGUAUGGCCACUUAUUCAGAAACUGCAGAGGCUUUCUCUGAACACUAUGACCCUACAGAUUGACAGUCCAAAUGUCUACACACAGCUGGGUGUCGCAAUAUCGGUGACAGGGAUUGCUCAGGUAAAAAUCCAAGGCUCAUCCAAAGAAAUGCUGGAAUCUGCCUGUGAACUGUUUUUGGGUAAAACAGAGCGUGACAUAGAGAGAGUGGCCUUGGAAACCCUUGAAGGUCAUCAGAGAGCCAUCAUGGGAAAUAUGACAGUAGAGGAAAUUUACAAGGAUCGUAAGAAGUUCUCUAAGGCUGUGUUUGAAGUGGCGUCCUCUGAUCUGGUCAACAUGGGAAUCUGUGUGGUCAGUUACACCCUCAAGGACAUCCGUGAUGACAGGACGGAACCAUUUGCAGGUUACCUGAAGUACUUGGGUAUGGCACAGACAGCUACAGUCAAGAGGGACGCAAGAAUGGGAGAGGCAGAGGCUCGCAUGGAGGCCGGAAUCAGGGAAGCCAAUGCUGAAGAGAAGAGAAUGGCUGCCAGGUAUACUACAGAUAUUGACAUUGCAAAGUCACAGAGAGAUUUCGAAUUGAAGAAUGCUGCCUAUGACAUGGAGAUUCAGACCAAGAAAGCCCAAUCUGAUCUAGCCUAUGAACUCCAGGCUGCUAAGACCAAACAAGCAAUCAAAGAAGAGGAUAUGCAGGUCAAGGUGAUUGAAAGGGCUCAACAAAUCCAGCUACAGGAACAAGAAAUUACCCGCCGAGAAAGAGAAUUAGAGGCCACAGUCCGCAAGCCAGCUGAUGCUGAGAAGUACAGACUAGAGAAGCUUGCCGAGGCCAACAGAACCAGAGUGAUCUUAGAGGCAGAAGCUGAAGCAGAAGCCAUUAAGGUGAAGGGCGAGGCUGAGGCUUUUGCUGUGGAGGCUAAGGCCAAGGCCGAGGCAGAACAGAUGGCUAAGAAGGCGGACGCCUGGAAGGAUUACCAGGACGCUGCUAUGGUUGACAUGAUUCUGGAAACUCUGCCAAAGGUUGCUGCUGAAAUCUCUGCCCCUCUGUGCAGUGCUAAGAAGAUCACCAUGGUUUCCAGUGGUAAGGGAGAGGUGGGAGCCGCCAAGCUGUCAGGGGAGGUCCUGACUCUGAUGGAGAAGAUGCCACAUGUGGUGGAGAAUCUGACCGGAAUCAACAUCACCAAGAACAUCAAGGCAGCCACCAGAAGAUAAAGAGUUUCACGGAGUCGUCGGUCGUGGUCAUCAUUUAUUAUCCUCCAUACGGGCAUGUCACUGUAGACUGUGUAUUGUUAGAACAGUUAUCUCCCUUUGAAGAAGUCAUCAGCUUUAGAAGUUACAAUACAUUAAUCAUAUCAACUAUUUACAUGCUUAUUUACAUCAUUUAUCUGAUACUCCAGGGACUGAACUUGACUCUCUAUCUACAAUUUGUUCUGGUUUAUGUCAGGCUGUAAUUGAGUUAUUGGCAGCUUAUGUAUAUUUAUUAUAUAUACUUUAUAUGUUGUAUAUGUUAAGUUUGCAUAACAGCACCAUCCAGCACUGAAAAUGUCAUCUAGUCAAUAUGACCCAUUCAAGGUGUGUGCUGAGGUUAUUAACAUUCUCAAACAGGUUACACUGUGUAUCCCCUAUGUUCAGGUUAUACUGUAUUUGCAAUUUUAUCCCAAAAAGGUGUCCUAUACCUGGAUGCUCUAUAAAUUCCAUAAAUUUUUGUUCCUUUUUUCCAUUAUGUUUUAAAACCACCAGAUCCUCUAUUAACGGCAGACCAUUUUUAUCUUCCAUCAUUCUUACAAUCAUUAGUUUUUUUUUAAUUUGAUACUGUAAUCCUCACGUUAGGGGUGUUUCAGUCAUGGUUAAUAUUAUGCACACUGAGCUGUUGACCAUUAGAGCUGUAUUAGCAAAGACAUUAUUUUUAAGUGUAUAAUUUGUGAAUAAAGGUUGGACUUUGCCUUGCUGUUUAAAAUGCUCAAUAUAAUGUCUUUUAUAGGACUAGAUACCAAAAAAAAAAACCUUGUGUUGUUUGUUUUAAACCGAGUAGAAUUUUUAUUCAUGUAUGAUUUCCUUGUACACUAAGUGUUGAAUCAAAAAUUUUAUCAUCAUAAUUGCAUAAUGAUUUUAAAUAGGUUACACAAUAUGUAAAUCCCAAAUUUUAUACUAGUAUUUUAAAGUCGAUUAAAAUUUGUGUCACAAGGAACUGAGAGUUUUAUCAGACCUUGAAAUUGACAAUUUCUGUAUAUGUCUUGAUCGAAAGACAGAGUUUUCAGGCCUGGGGGGAUGCUGUAUUCCCAAGUCAAGAAAUCCUCAAAAUAAUGGAUGUGCAUUAAACCAAAAAUGCAGACUAUUAAUAUACAGGUACAUUGCUAAAUUUAUAACAUUGUUAAUAUGUAUUAAAUUAUGUAAGUCUUUGUACAUUGCAAUAAUUGUCAUUAAUAAAUUCCUACAUAUACA